GCAGGGGAGCAGAGCAGAGCUGUCUGCGGGGGAAUCUGCAGCGGGAGUGAGAGCUGCGCUCCGGGAUCGCGCUGCCCCCUGUGAGUGGUCGCCUGGAGCUGUAACGAUCGGGAUCCCUAUCCUGCUGGACAUAGAAGGAUCGCACGGCAGCUGCUGGCUUCACUUUCCCCGAUGAUCGCCCCUUCAUCUGCUGCUCUCCCUCCGAGGACCCCGGGCAUGGAAGGAUCAGUGAUCGCCCCAGUGUAACCCGUCAGCAGCAGCCGCCGCCGCUCAUUAGCAGCAAUCAGUCCUUUUUAUUAGCGGCUUUCAGAGCUACAGCGCGGAUUAUAAGAUGCAGCCCCGGGCAGGAAGGAGUCUCCUCCUGGAUCUCAGCCUCCUUCUUCUUAUUUUGGGUUGUUGCCUGGCUUCCAGGACCCCCUGUCCCACCAAGUGCACCUGCACUGGGAAUAUGGUAGAUUGCAGCAACCUGGGGCUGACCGAGGUGCCCCCUGACAUCCCAGCAUGGGCAACCCACCUAAACCUGAGCCACAACAAGCUGAAGGAGAUCGAUCCGGCCGCCUUUGUGGAGCUGCAGGGUCUACGGGAAGUGCAUUUGGGCUACAACGAGCUAAGUGCCAUCCCCUUCCUUGGAUCUGCCGCCUCACAAAUCGUCAGCCUUUCACUGCAUCAUAAUAAGAUUCGGAAUAUUGAGCCAAGAGACCUGUUACCGUACACAUCACUGGAGACCUUGGACCUCAGCGCUAAUGAUAUAACCGAAAUCCGAAGUGGUUCAUUCCCUUUACGUCUUCGUAUAAAAGACCUCAACCUGGGGAGCAACAAGCUGAGCCGCCUGGAGUCUGGAUCAUUUGACAACCUGUCACGGUCUCUGCUUACACUUCGUCUGAGCAAAAACAGAAUCUCGCAGCUUCCUGUCAGAGCGUUUAAGCUCCCCUUACUAACCCAACUGGAACUCAGUCGGAAUCGGAUUCGCCUGAUAGAGGGACUCACGUUCCAGGGACUGGACAGCUUGGAAAUUUUAAAACUACAGCGCAACAAUAUCAGCAAACUCACGGAUGGGGCUUUUUGGGGCCUUGCAAGGAUGCAGGUUCUACAUCUGGAACAUAACAGCCUGACAGAGGUGAACAGCGGAUCCCUUUACGGGCUCAAGUCUCUACAGCAGCUAUACCUCGGCAACAACUCCAUAUCCAAAAUCAGCUCCGGCGGCUGGAGCUUCUGCCAGAAACUGCAAGAGCUAGUCCUGUCUCAUAAUAAGCUCACCCGAUUAGACCAAGGAAGCCUGGCAGAUCUCGGGUCUCUAACUACCUUACGUCUCAGCCAUAAUUCUAUAAAUCUCAUUGCUGAGGGGGCAUUUAAAGGGCUCCAGAAGCUGCGCUUAUUGGAACUGGAUCAUAAUGAGAUCUCGGGCACAAUAGAGGAUACGAAUAGGGCCUUUCAAGGCCUGGACAGCCUGAACAAGCUAACUCUGUUUGGAAACAAGAUCAAGUCGGUGGCCAGAAACGCGUUCUCAGGCUUGGGGGCCCUGGAGCACCUAAACCUUGGCGGUAAUGCCAUGCGGUCAGUUCAGGCAGAGGCGUUUGGAGAAAUGAAGAUGUUGAAAGAGCUCUACGUCAAUAGCGAGAGCUUCUUAUGUGACUGUGAUCUCAAGUGGCUUCCUCCGUGGUUGAUCAGUAGAAAGCUGCAGUCCAAUGUCAGAGCCCUGUGUGCUCACCCAGAGUCCAUACAGAACAAGAGCAUCUUCAUCAUCCCCGCGCGGAGCUUUGUGUGCGAUGACUUACCGAAGCCACAAAUCAUAGUGCACCCACAGAAGACCAUGGCGGUGGUUGGAAAGGAUAUACGUUUCUCCUGUUCUGCAGCCAGCAGCAGCAGUUCUCCCAUGACCUUUGUGUGGAAGAAAAAUAAUGAAAUCUUGCAUAAUGCGGAAACUGAGAACUUUGCCAACGCCCGGGAGAAGGAUGGCGAUGUGAUUAAUUACACAACCAUUCUGCAUUUACGCAAUGUCACUUUUGAUCAUGACGGACAAUACCAGUGCAUCAUCACCAACCAUUUUGGUUCCACGUACUCCAAUAAAGCUGGCCUGACUGUAAAUGUUCUGCCAUACUUCACUAAAACGCCAAGAGAUAGCACCAUAAGGACAGGCACCACUGCCAGGCUGGAGUGCGCAGCAGAUGGACACCCUACCCCAGAUAUUGCCUGGCAGAAAGAUGGAGGCACAGACUUCCCUGCUGCCCGGGAACGACGCAUGCAUGUCAUGCCAGAUGAUGAUGUCUUCUUUAUCACAGACAUCAAGAUUGAGGAUAUAGGGGUUUACAGCUGCACCGCGCAAAACUCUGCAGGAUUGGUUUCUGCAAAUGCCACAUUGACCAUACUCGAGAUGCCAUUUUUGGCACAUCCACUAGAGGACCGCGUUGUUUCUGCAGGGUCUACGUUAUCAUUACAGUGCAAAGCCAGUGGGAGUCCCCCUCCCCGGAUCACAUGGCUUAAAGGGGACGAGCCCCUCGUUAUGACAAAAAGGCACCAUUUUACUUCCGGGAACGAACUCCUUAUCAUACUUAAUGUGGUCCAGGAAGAUGCUGGAAAAUAUACAUGCGAGAUGUCCAACACUCUUGGAACUGAAAGAGCUUAUAGUAAUGUCAGCAUUUACCCCACCUCCGGGUGUGUAUCGGAGUCCAGCAGGAAGGAGGGCACCAUGACCUAUGGCAUCAUCACAAUCGUUGUGGUGUGUAGCAUUGUCCUGACCUCACUGGUUUGGGUGUGCAUCAUCUACCAAACCAGAAAGAAGAGUGAGGAGUACAGCGUCACAAACACAGAUGAAACCAUUGUGCCCCCGGAUGUGCCAAGUUAUUUAUCCUCUCAAGGUAUAUGCUCUAGUGAUGGCAUUGGGAACACUGACGUGGAGGCGUGCAAUGUGGGGUACAGACAGCCAAGACUCUGCAUAGGAUGCAACUCAGACGAACCUUGUAAAACAGCAGAUGGAUUGUUCUCAACAGAUAAUAACGGGUAUGGCUACCAGGUGGUGUGCACAGACUGCCUAGAGGGCCGAGCAGUGUACAGCAAAGACCCCGACUAUUGCCCCCAGCUGUUACCGUCUAUAGACUGCUCAUAUGAAAAGCCUCAAAGUGUCCAGGACAGUUACAGGAACGACAUUGAACAUUCACACCUGCCACGUUGCCAGCAAAGCCACAGUAAAAUGGACGCCAGUGAAUUUGUGUAUCCCAGCAAUCAUGAGAGGGUGCCCCUCUUCUGUGAGCAGAAAUCGCAUAUAUUAAUUUCUGACGCACACGGUUCACAUCUGGAGCCAUUAAUCCGGUCACAUGACCAGGAGAAGUACCAGCAGCCGCCAGCCCCGGACGGUUUAAUACAGCGAUCGUCGCACAUAAGUGAUCCUCCACAAGAGGCCAAAUUGACUGUGCUCUCUAAUGGACAUACGGUGUCGCCAUCGCCUGGCGAGCACAGGCCACACAACGGAUCCUGUGACGCCAAGUGACUCGUGUGCAAUGAAUUUGGAAAGGACUUUGAAUUUUGCACUGAACCGGCGCAGAUCCUGCUACCUCAACAUCCUAAAACUGCGUUUUUGAAAAUGAGGUACGAAGUGUGGGAGGAGAAUCCGACCCGAUCAUCGCUGGGAUGAAUGGACUUUACAAACUUACAAGUGUUGGUAGCUGAAACGUAAGAUUGCAUUUAAUGCACAAAAAAAAUGCAAAAAAUGUAAGUAGUGAGCGAAAAAUGUAUUUGAUACAUUGUAAAUAAGAGUUUUCAUAAAUAUAUAUAAAUAUGUAAAUAUCUAAAGUUAGAUAUAUAAAUAUAUGCCUAUAUGUUUUACAGAGUCUAUUUUGAUUGUUAGCGGAUGAGUUUUUCUAGCUGUGAAACGCGUCAAUGCUUAAAAAAAAAAAAAAAAAAAAACACAUUUGGAAAA